AUGACUAAACAUAUUAGAAGUGCUCUAGAUAAAGGAUUGUUUGGUUGUGAGAUUUUUAUAGACCUUCAAAAAGCCUUUGAUAUUGUUGAUAUUAAAAUAUUAUUAAAAAAACUUGCUUACUAUGGUAUAAGAGGAGUUUCAAAUUCCUGGUUUGAAUCUUUCAUUACAAAUAGAAAACAGUUUGUGUCUAUUAAUGGAUCAAAACCUAAUAUUUGUGAUGUCAAUGUUGGUGUGCCUCAAGAAUGGUUUACUCCAUUAACACAUAAUAAUACCCAAUCUACUAAGAUGUCUCAAAGAGGUGGAUUGUGUGUUCAAGCUUUUGAUACAAAAUUUUAUGGUAGACAUUCCUUUAAAAACUCUGCAAUUAGUGACUGA